CGACAGCAGCGACAGCAGCGACAGCAGCCACGGCAGCGGAGCCGAGCCGAGCUCUGCGCCCGCCGGCCUGAGCGCAGGUGGGGCACAGGAGCCAGCGGGCUCUGCCUGGGAGCCAUGUCUGUGAAGCUCACCUUCGUGUCCCCUGGGGACGGGGGUGGCAUCAGCAGGAGCUGCUCCUUCACGGGCUUCAGCACUGUGCAGAGCAGGAAACUGGCCAAGUCCCUCAGCCGGAGCUCAGUGAGGUCAAGGAUGUCGCUGAAGCCCCCCAAGGCCUACAGUUCCCUGCAGAAGGGGGCACUCAUCUGGGAUCCAAAGCCGCUGCAGGUGAAGAAAAUAUUUGAAGCUUUGAAGAAAGGACUUAAUGAGUACCUGGAAGCACAUCAGGCUGAGCUGGAUUAUCUCUCUGGUCGGCACAAGGAUACAAAAAGGAACUCUAGAUUGGCUUUCUACUAUGACCUGGACAAGCAAAUCCGCUCUGUGGAGAGAUACAUCAGGAAAUUGGAGUUUCACAUUAGCAAGGUAGAAGAGCUCUAUGAAGCUUACUGCAUCCAGUGCAGGCUGCGGGAUGGGGCCACCAACAUGAAACAAGCCUUCUCCCUGUCCCCUUCCACCAAAGCCUCCAGGGAGAGCCUGGUGGAGCUCUACAAGAACGUCCAGGAGUGCACUGAGGACAUGUGCUUUAUAGAGGGGGCUCUGGAGGUGCACUUGGGAGAGUUUCAUGUGAAGAUGAAAGGGCUGGUGGGCUUUGCUCGUCUCUGCCCAGGGGACCAGUAUGAGGUGUUCGUGCGACUGGGCCGCCAGAAGUGGAGGCUGAAAGGCAAAAUUGAGACUGAUGACAGCCAAACGUGGGAUGAGGAAGAGAAGAUUUUCAUCCCCAACCUGCACGAGAAGUUUGAAAUCAAGGUGACAGAGCUGCGAGGCCUGGCCACCAUCCUGGUGGGGGUGGUGACGUGUGACAGCAUCAGCUUCUUCACCACCAAGCCCCAGGCCAUCCUCGUGGACAUAACGGAGCUGGGCACCAUCAAGCUGCGCCUGGAGGUCCUCUGGAACCCCUUUGACACAGAGAACCUGUUUCUGUCUCCUGGAAGCACUGCCAAGUUUUCUGUGGGCAGCAGGAAGAGCUCGUUGUACAACUGGACCCCCCCAAACACGCCCAGCUUCAGAGAGAGAUAUUACCUGUCUGUCCUGCAGCACAGGCAGAGCCCGGGGGACGCGGCGGAGGAAGCCCGGCCCCCCAGCAUCCUGAGCUACUUGGCCGCCUGCGAUUUCGAUGUCCCUGGGAGGAACAAGCCCCACAACCCUGCGGAGACCAGCGAGGGGGACUCGUUCAGCUCCGAGGAUCAGAAAGGGGCGGAAUCCCGGAGCGCAACGCCGGCCCCGGAGCACAGGAUGCUGCCCCUGGUGAUUAUCCAGGAGUCCGGGGCCGAGGAGCCGCAGCGUCCUCUCCCAGCUCACAGCACUCUGGACAUCCUGAAGAAGACCCCGUGCGUGGAUGGGCUCCCGAGCCCCUCGGGCUUUCCCAGCCGCCACAAAGGCAGGAGAGACUCCGUGAGCCAGGCGCGGAAUCGCCGCCUGGCAGAGCAGGAAAACAUCAGCCAGAAAAGCUGGAAUGCUGCGGAGGGGCGCGCAAAGCCGAUGGACAGGAGCCUGCAGGAGGUGUUAAACCUGCUGAAGGGCCGCCACGAGGGGCGAGCCCAGCUGCAGAAACUGGAGUGCCAGCUCUCCUCUCUGAGGGAUAAACUGAAGCUAAAGCCACUUCACAACCAUUCCUCCAUGGAGAGUUUAAUGGUGGAGACAGUGCUGGAGAGUUUUGAUUUCCUGAACGCUGACUGCAGUGCUGACGAGCUGUCCUUGUUUGGGAGCAUCAGGACGGGCAGUGUCAGCACAUGCAACGGCACCGUGCUCCAGUCCCUGAGCUGUGACACGAGACCAGAAGCACAAGAUGUCACCACGGGGGAUGACAACCUGGACACGCUGUUGAUAACGCACCUGAGGCUGUGCAAAGGUCUCCUGCAGAAGCUGAGGACACCGAAUGUAGCCCCGGUGGUCCAGGAGAGCAUUUUGGAGGAAGUGUCAGAGCAGACACGAGUCCUGGGGGAUGUCCUGGAUCUGUCUGUAGAGAAGAUUAUUCAGAAGACUAAAAAGAAGAAGCAAUAUCUGAAAAUCUGGAGUGACCUUGCAGAGCCUGGCAGCAGCAUCUUGGUGACCUCAGCAGAAAGGUUCCGUCACGCCCUGAAAUACACAAUGAUGCUCAAAGUGAAGGAGAAGUACCCCAGCCACCUGGAGACAGUGCUGCAGAGGCUGCUGGAGCAGAUCCUCACCUGUGACGGGUUGCUCCCCUCCUCACACUUGCAAAUGGAGCCGGUCACUUUAUUCCAGUUCUAUCGGUACCUGGAGAGGCACCACAUCGGCAGCCUGGAGAAACACCUGGCAAAGCUGGCUAAAGAAGUGAUGCUGAUCGAGGAGCUGCAGUGCCCCGGGAGGCUGAAGACGCUGAAGAGGCUGAAGGGGAAGAGGCUGAACCGGCUGCAGCCGCUGCCGCGGACGCUGCGGCUGCUCGGGCUGCUGCAGCUGGACGAGAACCACCGAGUGAGCAAAGCGGCCACGGCGUGCCUGGCACGGGCCGGCGGCUGCGGCAGCCUCCGGGCACGGGCUGUCUUGUUCUACACUGAUGUUUUAUCUGACCGCGAUGCAAGGCUGCAGCAGGCUGCAUGUCUGGCUCUGAAGAACCUCAGGGCCGUGGAGAGCAUUGAGCAGGUUGCCCACCUCUGCCAGUCUGAAACAGAGGAAGUCAGGAACGCAGCCAGAGAAACCACACUGUCCUUUGGGGAACGGGGCCGACAAGCCUUUGAGAAGAUGGACAGGAUCUGCUGUGAGCUGAGAGAAACGGCUCAGGAGGCUGAGAUCGAGAUCACCGUGUUUUAGCAGUGGAAUGUGAGGAGCUGGAUCCCGCUCUCCUCACAGCCACACGGGUACCUCAGGGUUUGGUGUUGUGUGGUUUCCUUCUGCUCUGUUCUGUCCCUGCUGCCUCCUGCCCCAGGACAGGUUUAUUUCCAGAGGGGACGCUCUGUGAUCCCCAGGAUGCAGCCUGGAAUUAUUUCCUCAGUGUCUCAGCACACAAUGAAGUACCGAGUGCUGGACAAUGAAAACUGGGAUCCCUCAGAAGGCGGAUCCAGGUCUUAACUGGAGUUGACAUCUCCACCUUGGUGGAAUUAGCUGCCCCUGCUCCAACUCUGCCCAGUAGGAUCUAUUUUCCCAGGAAGUGAUUUACUAAUUUGGCAUUCCCCAAGGAGAGACGUGAUCACUGUCCCAGCCCAUCACUGCCCUGCUGGUAGAACAAAUCCAGCACCACUGCUUGGUGCUUUCUUUGCUCAGGCAAUUCAGCUGCAGGAGAACCUGGUGCUCCCCAAGUCACUUUCUUUCCAACUGCUGCAGCUCAGGCUGGGUCCAGGGGCUCUGUAAGAGGUGUGUGCUCAGCAGCAGGGGAUUUGCCA